AUGUUAGAAAAAAAGUUUGCUGACAUUGACAAGAAAUUUGAGAAUGUUUUAAACAAGAACAAGAGGAAGUUGGAAAAUGCUCAGAUAAAACCCAUACAUGACAAGUUCUUAUUUGCUCAGAAUGGUAUAACAGGUCUAAUUGCACCACCUGGGUCGGGUAAGACUUUCACUUAUCUUAAAAUGGCUGCACAACAACAAGAACUAGAUGAGAAGAACCCAUUCUAUGAGUUAGUUGUUAUUUGUAGUACUUCUGGUCAAUUCGAUCAAACCGUCAAUUCGUUCAAAGAUAUUAUAAAGAAGUCUAA